UACUAAAACAUGCUCAUUAAUGCUUGCAAGUAGACCAAUGGUGAGCUGCCUAAAAAAGGGACUCCAAAACCUGGCCGCGAGUAGGGUCUUCUUCCUGGGCCUGAGUCUUGGUGCGCAAGGUGUAAUUCUUGCAUAGAGCGUUGUAGAAUGGGAAUUUCACAUGGUGCCCAUCGCACUUGAGCACCAAAAUCUAAUUCUUUUAUAUUCUCAACAAUUUUUUACUUUGUUGGGGUCAUCAUUUCAUGUUUUUGCUGCUGUAAGUCACAUGAAAACGUCCUGCUGCUCUCUUACGACCUUUAAGGUUUGACCAGGUAUCGUCUAUCAAUACACUGAUGAGAUGAAUUGAGAUGGUAGACCAGAGUGGAAGGCCGGAUACCGGGGAGACUGUUUGGGUGGUGGAAGGGAGGAUUUUCGCCGCUUGCCGUCCUCCCGCGUGCGGAAAAUUUACUCCCAAAUUUGGGACGAAAUAAAGACACAAGUAUAUGUUUUUCCCAUCAUAGAAAAAACAAGAUUUAGGGCAAUUGAAGUUGGUGGUUGAAUGGAAUGGCCGUUCAGCUGUAAAUUUCAGCUUGGGAAGGGCAACUAGGAGAGAGGAAGAGAGUGUGAUGCGUCUGCUCUUGGGUAUUAAAGCCGACGCUGGUGUUGUUUUCUUUGACAACGCGGGAGGAGGCCGGGGUUUCCGGCUGCAGUUUUGGCAAGAAGCGGUGCCGUCUCUGGAACAUUUCUGCCGUUGGUUUUUGAACCCUCUUUUUGGGCCUUUCUUUCCUGAUCGACUCGCAUAGUGGGCUUUGCGGGAGGAUGGAGGCCGCCGCCACCGCCGAAGCUUCACCGAGCGCGCACAGAGGCGUCCGCCUGCAGGCCCCGCUGGUUGAUUCCGUGUCCUGUUAUUGUCGAGUAGAUGCAGGCUUGAAAACUGUUGUAGGAGCUAGAAAAUUUGUUCCUGGAACGAAGCUAUGUCUCCAACCUGAUAUUAAACCUAAUGGGCCCAGGAUGAGGAAUUCACGCAGGGAACGUUGCAGAAACCAGGCACCACUCUUGCCUGGUCUUCCUGAUGAUCUUGCUAUUGCUUGUCUGAUCCGUGUUCCUCGAGCUGAGCACCCAAACCUUCGAUUAGUUUGUAAAAGAUGGAACCGCCUUUUGUCUGGAAACUACUUUUACUCCCUUAGGAAAAAGCUUGGGAUGGUAGAGGAAUGGGUUUAUGUGAUUAAGAGAGACCGUGAUGGGAAAAUAUCUUGGCAUGCUUUUGAUCCCAUCUAUCAGCUCUGGAAGCCACUUCCCCCUGUUCCUGCAGAGUAUUCUGAAGCACUUGGCUUUGGUUGUGCUGUUCUAAGCGGCUGCUACCUUUACUUAUUUGGAGGUAAAGAUCAACUGAGGGGCUCUAUGAGGCGUGUUGUCUUCUAUAAUGCCCGAACAAACAAAUGGAAUCGAGCUCCAGAUAUGCUACGAAAACGCCAUUUUUUUGGUUCGUGUGUCAUAAAUAAUUGCCUCUAUGUUGCUGGCGGAGAAUGUGAAGGGAUCCACAGAAACUUGCGUUCAGCUGAGGUAUAUGAUCCUAACAAGAACAGAUGGACCUUCAUUGGUGAAAUGAACACUGGAAUGGUACCACUUAUUGGGGUUGUUUUUGAUGGAAAUUGGUUCCUGAAAGGGCUUGAUUCUCACCGUCAGGUUGUAAGUGAAGUAUAUGUACCCACAACAAAUACGUGGUCCCCGGUUAAUGAUGGAAUGGUUACAGGAUGGCGAAACCCAAGCAUUUCAUUCAAUGGGAGGCUUUAUGCCUCGGAUUGCAGGGAUGGAUGCAAGCUUAGAGUCUAUGAUGGGGCUACAGAUUCGUGGAACAAGUUCAUGGAUAGCAAACAUCAUCUAGGCAACUCUCGUGCCUUUGAGGCUGCAGCUUUUGUAUCUCUCAAUGGUAAGCUCUGCAUCAUCCACAACAACAUGAGCAUCACUGUCAUCGACGUAUCAAAUCCAGGAAAGAACAUAGAGACUAUCAGUGCUCAUUUGUGGGAGACUGUUGCUGGGAAAGGCCAUUUAAAGACUUUUGUGGCAAAUUUAUGGUCAAGCAUUGCAGGUCGUAGUGGGUUGAAGAGCCACAUUGUUCACUGUCAAGUGCUUCAACUCUGAGGCUUACAGCAUUCUGAUGAUGGAAGAUAAACCGACAGAUGAUGUGUGGUUCUUGAUGAAGCCCUAUCGUGUUAUCUGCUGUUUAUACCAUCAUCAUGUUUGAGUAGUCAAAUUUCAGUCCAAGGAACUAUUUAUUCGCUGGCCAAUAUAUGUGGAUUCCUGCAUUUAGGUUGUUUUUCUUUGAGAGCCUGUUUGGGUAAUCCAGCAUGAUUGGGCAGCCCAUUUGGGUAUGGCCCGUAUCAACCCAAACACAUCACUAGCUGGAAUCUCGUGGGAGGAAACAAAAGAUUUUGUAGGUUCUUUUUUUCUCUCUGCAGUGAUGGGCUGGGGAGAUUUAGUUAUGUGGGCUGGGCUGGGUCUGCUAUCCUCUAACAGUUGAUAUACUGUUUCUAAUCCCAUGGAUCCUUUAGAAAUAUCCAAACAGAUCUUUGAAGGUUUAAGAUAGCAACCCUUUCUGGUGGAUAUACGUAUGAAGCUUUGCAGAGAAAAUAGGAACUUUUUUGCUAAGGCUCUUCUAGCAGUUUGCACUGGACUGUGGACUGCGUUACGCACCCCCCCCCCCCCCCCCCCCCCUCAAGAGAAGGAAAACUGUAAGCUAUAACAAUUACUUCUGAAUGUGAUUCAUCUCUAUUGCUGGUUCAAUCA